AUGAAAUUCAAUCUCAACACUCUCCUGGUCCUCCUUGCUUUCCUCCUCGCUACCGUUAACGCAGCACCGGCUUUUGGUACCCAUCGAGGUGACCUUACAUUUUACCAACCCGGUUUGGGUGCCUGCGGAAGAUUCAACAAAGCCUCGGACUUUAUUGCUGCCGUUUCUCAUACAUUAUACGACCAGUUCACAAUUGGUGGAAAUCCAAAUAAUAACUCUCUCUGCGGAAGACGUAUAAAGGUCACCUUCGGAUCGAAGUCAAUAUUUGUACGUAUGGUGGACAGAUGUGAGGGUUGCCAACCAGACGAUCUUGAUCUGAGCCCAGCAGCCUUCGGAAAACUUGCCCCGUUGAGCAGAGGAAGGAUCAGGGGAUCAUGGCGCUUUGCCUGA